GUUACUGAGGAUCCCAACAUCUAUACACAGGAGGAGAUCCAGGAUAUGCUCGACAUGAUUCACGACGGCAAUCUAUCAACUCAAAUAGGAGGAACUCCUGGUGCGGUGUCCAGAGGUCGCAGCGGGGGUUUAAAGCCCAUUGUGAAAGCGUACGGAAUUGUGGGCUUCAUCCGCUUUCUGGACUGCUACUACUUGACUCUGAUUACAAAACGGGCAAAGGUGGGAAGCAUUGGUGGCAACGGCAUCUAUACAAUAAAAAAUACCGAGACAGUUCCCGUGGGAUUGGGCCUGACGAACCGAGAAAUUGCCGAAUUACGGUAUCAAGGGCUUUACCAAGUCGUUGACUUGUCCAAAUCCUUUUUCUUCUCGUAUACAUAUGACUUGACUAGGAGCUUACAAGAGAAUUUCCUCGCUACUACGACAAAACCUUUCCCUCCUCCUCCAUUUAAGGAUCUGUAUGCGUGGAACCAUUUCUUGACGAAGGAGUUCGAAGGCUGUUUGCAUUCACUGACUAGGUAUCAAUGGAUGGUGCCAAUCAUCCAUGGGGCCUUUGUUCAGCGCAAAAUCAACGACUACGGGCGAUCUUUGAACUUGGCAUUGAUUGCCCGACGGUCUCGGCAUUUUGCAGGAACCAGAUAUUUGAAGCGUGGAGCCAGCGAACAAGGAAAGGUGGCCAACGAUGUCGAGCAUGAACAGAUUCUACACGACGAGUCUAAAUCGCCUUCUUCUGGUGUAUUUUGCUCCUAUCUUCAAGUUCGUGGAUCAAUUCCAACUUUUUGGACCCAAGAAAGUAGCGUUACUAUGCCAAAGCCGCCCAUCGAAUUGAAUCGCGUCGAUCCCUCUUACACUGCCAGCAGGCUUCACUUUGAGGAUUUGAUGAUACGUUACUCAAGUCCAAUUCUUGUUCUUGAUCUGGUAAAACAAAGUGAAAAGCGAGAGCGAGAAGUAAGAGUUGGAAAUGAGUACAGACAUGCUGUUGACUUCAUCAACAACACAAUUGAAGAUGAACGACACAAAAUUCGGUAUUGCGCGCUGGAUUACUCUCACACUAGUAAACACCGUAACUUGGAUGUAAGCACAUCUUUGAACGAGGUAUCAACGUGGGCCGUAAACCAGACGGGGUUUUUUUGCUCGUCGCCUAAAUGGAAAAUUGUCGACGGUGGAUUUAUUGAGCCGUUCACUGUGAAGGACGGUGAAGGAGCUGCUCGUUUGACGGAUUGUUUGGGUGUUCCAGCUUUUCCUAUGGAACAGACCGGCGUACUUCGAACCAACUGUAUCGACUGUCUUGAUCGAACAAACGUUGCACAGUUUAGUGCAGGCGUAGAAGCAAUGGCACAGCAGCUCAUAGUCAUGGGUAUCCGUUCGCAAACGAAGCUUGAUCCCACUUCAAAUAUUGUUCGCGUUCUAAUAGACAUGUAUGUGGACAUCGGUGACAGCAUUGCGCUGCAAUAUGGCGGCUCUGAAGCACAUAAGAAGGUGACAGCUGAUCGAUCAGAAUCGACAAUGGCUAUUGGCAAGCACAAAGAGCUCUUGACGUCGAUUCGCAGAUAUUACAGCAACGCUUUUACGGACAGAUUGAAACAAGACGCAAUGUACGUAGAGCAGGUCAAUGCAUAUGGAGUCCCCAGCGUUUGCUAA